AUGAGGGGCGCGAUGGAGCCGGAGCCCGAGCCCGAGCUGCUGCUGCAGGAGGCCCGCGAGAACGUGGAGGCGGCGCAGAGUUACCAGCGGGAGCUGGGCCAGCGGCUGCAGGGGUUGCGGGAGGCAGAGAUCAAAGAGAGUGCAUCACUCACAAGAGAUGUCCUCAGACAGCAUUUUAGUGAUUUAAAAGGAACCCUUGGGAAGCUCCUGGAUGAGCGAUUGGUGACUCUUCUGCAAGAGGUAGACACGAUUGAACAAGAGACCGUUAAGCCGCUAGAUGACUGCCAGAAGCUCAUAGAGCAUGGAGUCCACACUGCAGAGGACCUGGUCAGAGAAGGUGAGAUCACAAUUCUUGGUGGUAUGGAAGAGCAGAAUGAGAAACUAUGGAAUUUUACCAAAAAGGCCUCACACAUUCAGUUGGACAGCUUACCGGAAGUGCCUUUACUGGUUGAUGUGCCCUGCUUGUCUGCUCAGUUAGAUGACUCCAUUCUUAACAUAGUGAAAGACCACAUCUUUAAACACGGAACAGUAGCGUCACGUCCCCCAGUACAAAUUGAAGAAUUAAUAGAGAAACCUGGAGGCAUCAUAGUACGAUGGUGUAAGGUGGAUGAUGACUUUACAGCCCAAGAUUAUAGGCUCCAGUUCCGUAAAUGUACUUCCAAUCACUUUGAAGAUGUAUAUGUAGGUUCUGAAACUGAAUUUAUAGUAUUGCACAUAGACCCCAAUGUUGAUUAUCAGUUCAGAGUCUGCGCCCGAGGAGAUGGCCGACAGGAGUGGAGUCCUUGGAGUGUUCCCCAGACAGGUCACUCCACACUGGUACCUCAUGAAUGGACACCUGGCUUUGAGGGGUACAGUCUGAGCAGUCGAAGAAACAUAGCACUCCGGAAUGAUUCUGAAUCCUCGGGUGUUCUCUACUCCAGUGCUCCCACCUAUUUCUGUGGACAGACUUUAACGUUCAGAGUUGAAACUGUGGGGCAACCAGACAGAAGAGACAGUAUAGGAGUGUGUGCAGAAAAACAGAGUGGAUAUGACUCACUGCAGCGGGAUCGAGCUGUGUGCAUUAGUACAAAUGGUGCAGUUUUUGUCAAUGGAAAAGAAAUGACUAAUCAGUUGCCUGCAGUUACCUCUGGAUCCACUGUCACAUUUGACAUCGAAGCUGUGACUCUAGGAACCACUAAUAAUAAUGAAGGUGGAAACUUCAAGCUCCGAGUAACUAUUAGCUCGAGUAACAGAGAAGUGGUUUUUGACUGGCUGCUUGAUCAGUCGUGUGGGUCUCUCUACUUUGGAUGCUCAUUUUCCUACCCUGGAUGGAAGGUGUUAGUGUUCUAGAGUUCUGAGUGCUUGGCUUUAGUUUGAGGGUUUACUGUUACUGCCUUCAACCUAGCUUAAUUGUAGCUGAUUUUACAAAAAAAAAAAAAAAAAAGAUGAAUUCAUCUCGCCAGUUACU